GUUCUUUCCGUUGUCCCUAAAUGUAAGAAAAUAAGCGAAAAUAACUUUAUUGAGGGCAUCACAAUUGUGCUUUGGCCAAAAGGCGUUUUAAAUGACGGAUAUGCCUGCAAUUCUGAGGUUUGGACAAAAGACAAUUUUGACUACUUUUCUGGUGAAAUUUAAUAAGCUACUUGAUGAAAGUAUACCAGUUUAAAACGUUCAGAGGUGGAAUUUAAACACAAGCCAAACAGAAAGUGGAACAAGUACACGACAAACGGCUGACGAGCAAAUUCAACUGUAUAAUGGAGCGAGGUUGUGUACUUGUGUACUAGUAAGAAAAAAACAGCCAACAAGAGGAACAACAUAACCAGAAAACAUUCUUGGUAAGAGAAGAAAAGAAAAGAACGAUGUCGAAAUCAUGACAAACUUUCCUUUUACGAUUAAGACGUGAGGUCUUGGCAGAUAUUUUCUUUUCUGAUUUCCUGUUUGACAAACGUACCAGCUGUUUCAUUUUGGAAGCUCAAAGGUUAAGAUCCGUUUGCACACCCAAUCAAGCGCGCACUAAUGAACUGGAUGAUAAAAUUAGCGAGUAGUAGUAAUUUUACAGCUAUAUUGCAUACGUCUUUAAAAAAGGAAAAAAAUUAUGAUUACGACGUAUGAAUUUGGCUAUCGAACGACUAAUGGUCAAAUCAUAAGUGUUCAAACUCAUCGAGUUGAAAUAUUUGUCUAAAUCUUAGUUUCUAUAUUCGUGCUUUCAUUGCCUCUACUGUUAAACGAAAAAUAGUGAAGGCCAAGAAUCAGGAUAACUAUCCAAAGACGUGACAAGUUAAGCUAUUCUUAGCAGAUAUUAGAUUUUACAGGGGUUAACAGUCAUUUACAGGGCAUAAAAAUCCUUUCAAUAUUCUUCAUAACUUGUUUACAAUAUCUUUCCAUUGUUCUGUCUGGUACAUGCGCGAUUUUUAAAGAAUGGUUCUGCAUGUAGUAGCUUUACUCCCAACUCAUAUCUGGUCCGCGGUUCUCGACAUUCAAAACACAAGGUACUCUAAACAGUUAUUUAAUUAUAACAACUAUAAAAUAGUGAGGCAAAAUCGAGCUCUUUCGAUCAAAACUCACGAUGCCCUAAACAAAAUCUCACACGAUUAGCGCCACUAGUGUUGACCAACAGGACUCUGUCGCUAAUUAGUGAUGUCAGGUAUUUGGUAUUUUAGGUUAUUUUUGUCAAUUAAAUAAUUGCAGGUAAACUAUUAGUCAAUCAGUAUACAUCGAACUGUUAUAUGAUAAUCUCCUUUAGAACCAAAUCAAGAUAUUUUACUAAUUCAUAAGAUAUUGCAUCAUACCAAAGACUUAAUUAUGAUGUAAGUGUUUCUUCGGCGCAAAAUAUUUAACGUCCUGCAUCAGGAUGUCAUGUAGAACCAAGAAAUUAUUGGUAGAACUUCAACAAAAAUUUGAAAGAUAAAGAAAGUCUAAAAUAGCCUUACCUUAAGCCCGUUAUUUUUAAUUUGUACCUUCUAUAUUUUCAUGCAAAUACUCUUUCGUGUGGGUCAUAGUUUGACCGUGCAAACGGAAAAACUUUUGACAGUAACGCAAUGUUUCAUUAUUAAUAUCAUCUUAAUUAUUAUUAUUGUUUUGUCUUGCAAGUCAGUUCAUGCUGACAAAAUAUAAACGUGCAUGCGGAAACGUGCGUGUCACUCGCUCCUGUCACAAAAAUGCAUCUGAUUGGCAAGAAUACGUCCGACUUAUUUUCGCGCCAAAAAACGCGGCUGCAAAUUUAGGCUGUCGCAAGCAGUUACACUCCAAAUACCUCGUUGGAUUUAUCAAAACACGACGAUGGUUCCAGGUUUCAUCGAAAAGUUACGUCGGUAAACAGAAGGAGAACGAGAAGAAGUAUCCCUUUCUAUCAGCCGCCAAUAUGAAUGAAAUGUGUAGGCACGUCCUAAACUCGAAUGAAACUUGGUGGGUUUCAUCAGAGGAUUUCGCCGGCUUGUUGUUUCCGAUGGAAAUGCGGCAAGAAAAGGUAAUGAAAAAUGAUUUUUUGGAAAUUAGUCAGUCUUAAAGUAUCAGCUGCGGAUAGCUUAUUUCUUAAUGUGUAGUUUUUCCAAACAGGAAUUUGUCGCCAGGGCAGAAAUUUUUGAAAGUAGCUAAGAACUAUCUCGAUUUAAUUACACACGAAUUCCUUAGUACUAUGAUAAAUGACUUUAUUUGUAUCCUUCUUUAUUAGUUUUAAUCAUAGCGAGACAGCUUAAAUAGACAUUGGUAAGAUUAAGUAGUCUUAAAGUUUUCCAAGAUCAUCGUAUAACCGUUAUUACAACAAAGCGAAAACCAAAACAAACACAUUAACACCUUUAGCAAAACUUAUGCUGAAAUAACAGAAUAAACAUGUCUUCUGUCGUCAUCAUGUUGAUAAGCGCUAAACUCGCAGAACGAAAAUCAUGUUCGCUCUGUAUUCGUGGAAUGAGCAAUUUUUCGCUAACUGAGUUGGACGAUGAUUUCCGGUGGAAGCUAAUUGACUGAAAAAUUUUCGAAAAGUGGCGGUCUCUGUUUAGUCUAUUGAAAAGCAGUGACACAAGUAAUUUCUUUCUUCUUCCCAUUGAACUUUUAAUCACCUAAUUUGCUGUUUCUUAAUUUGAAGCUUUGAAUGAACUUUGACGAACCCAAAUCCGUAUAAAUUGCUUCCUUUCAAAUUUGAAAAGGUUUCGCUUUAUUUUGUUACUUACAUUCACGCCUGUAAGAAAACGUUUAAUCAUAAAAUUGGUCCUGUUUUGCCAAAGUGAAGUUCUUCUCGACUGCGUUGUACAGCGUUGUUCAUAUGAUCCAAAAUUCUCUCGCGGGGAUGUGGUAAAAUUUCUUUUUUACAAAGUCACGUAAUAUCCUUAUUGUCAAAGUGUUUUUUAAAUGAACUGGAACACAAGUUAAUUAAAAGAGAGAAAAUCAAAGAGAAUACGAAAACACCGAUUUCGCUUUUCAAUACGGGGUCACGACAGAAAUCUGGCAAAUACGAGCUGUUCAGUAAUCCCUGAGGAGAGUCGAAAUGACCAGAGAAAACAUACGUCUUUUCAGUAACAGGUACACAUUUCAACAGAAUAUUUACUCGCAAACUUGUUCAUCAACAAACCACUGUCCGACGGAUUAAACUACGGGUAGCAAUUUCACCGGCUUUCUGUGUGGGGGCGGGGAUUACCUUCGAACCCAGCAUCACAAGUAAUUAGACUUUGUUAGAUAACGAUGCUUGUUGAAUUGUUGAAUUCUUAAGUGUAUGCAAACAUGCAGACUUGCAUUCAAAAGUGAUAUAUUUUUAGCGGUCCUUGAUAAUUUUUCGGCAAAAUCCAUUGUCAAUUGUGACGGGUGAGCAAUCAAGACAUUCGACGAUUUAUGAGGGCGAAUUAAGAUUCUUCAGUUAUUACCUCGCACUGUGGACACAAGUGAACAAGGUUGUUAGACAUUCAAGAUGAAGUUGUUCAAAGCUUUUUACAUGGUCGUACUGUUUGGUUUAACAAGUCUCGAUGUUCUAGCAGAAGGCAAUGGAUCGUGGUGGAAUCUUGGCGUUAGUAGCUCCUCGAAACCCCAAGACGAUUACAAUUUCCAGCUUUCUCCUGCCAACGGUGUCAAACCUGUUACACCGAAGCAACAGCGAUUGUUUCGGAAGUACCCAGAGUUGGUUCCAUACAUUGGACUCGGGGCAAAAUUCUCUAUCAGCCAGUGCCAGUAUCAGUUUAAAAACAGACGGUGGAAUUGUUCUGCUCAUAGUCCUGAAAACGUAUUUGGGAAGAUUGUAAAAAUAGCUUGCAGGGAAACUGCUUUCGCUUACUCAAUAACGGCAGCCGGUGUAUCGCAUGCCAUAGCUAGAGCUUGUAGCGACGGCAAAGUGACAGCCUGUGGUUGCGACAGUAGAUACAAGGGAGUUACCAAUGAGGGUUGGCAAUGGGGAGGCUGUAGUGACAAUAUUCAUUUUGCUGAUCAGUUCUCCAGAAAGUUCGUCGAUGCUGGAGAGAAGGGAAGAGAUUUUCGCACGUUGGUUAAUUUGCACAACAACGAGGCGGGAAGAACAGCAAUUCGAGAAAACAUGGUUAGAGAAUGCAAAUGUCAUGGAGUGUCUGAGGCCUGCACUGUUCGAACAUGUUGGAGAAGGCUGGCUGACUUCAGACGAAUUGGCGAGGUGCUUAAAGACAAAUUCGACAGCGCUUCAAUGGUAGAAUUUGAACAGAAUAACAAUCGUAAUGGUCAUAAUGUUAAGAAAGGAAAAUCUUUUCGACCGAGAAAUAAACUACAUAAGCCCCCUACAAGAGCAGAUUUGGUUUACUACGAAGACUCGCCCAAUUUUUGUAACCGAAAUCCUGACACUGGAUCCCUCGGAACGGUUGGAAGACUGUGUAAUAACACAUCCCUCGGGACAGAUGGGUGUGACUUAAUGUGCUGCGGAAGAGGUUAUACAUCGAGUGAAAGCGAACUGGAAGAACUCUGUAACUGUCGUUUCUAUUGGUGUUGUAAGGUGAAAUGUCAGAGUUGUCGAUCGAGGCUUACGCUUCAUAGGUGUAAGUAAUGUUAGAAGAGGAAAUAUCACGAUACGGCUAACUUCAUCGCUGCAAAGUCAAACCACAAUCUCCUGAUAGAACUUUCCCAUGUAGACCACGAAGUAUAAUCAAAUGAAGACCAUUGACAAGUAUCUUAUGGGGCUCUUUGUAUUACUAUGUCUAAGAGCUUUCUAUCUUUAAGUCUGAGAAAGUGACAUCGAUUUUCCCUGAAUUCGAAGUUUGGUUGUUUCAGUUAAGAGAGGCGGUUUAAUUCUUCUUGUACAGAAAAAGGCGAAGAGUAUUGUAGAAAGAUAAGAUAAUAAAGAUAAAAGUUACAAGAGUAACCAGACUUCCUUCACGUUUUGAACAAAUAAUUCCUACUCUAAAUUGUUACUUGUUAUAGACACACUUGAAAGCAAAUGUAUAGUUCCAAGUUAACAUGUCAAAAGAACCAUGUUAGGAUGAUUUUGAUUAGCUUUUGUGUGCACUUUUAAAGUACAUUUCUUGUCAAUCACAUAACGGCUCUGGGCCGUUUUUUAAAACUGUAAAAUCUUAAUAACACGUCGAUUGUUACCAAUAUUGUUCAAUUUCUUGUAGAAGAAUUAGAAAAUAAUCGUUCAGUUUUAUGAACGUAAGAGCGUCAUAGGUAGAGUUAUGCAGAUAAGUAAAGACGAGUAUGUUAAAAAGUUUUGAGAUUAAUCCUUGUGAUCUGUUGCGCUGAUGUCUUGUCUGGUUCAUUAGAGACGCAGUUCAAAUGGAAGAUUCCUAGCCUCUUUAUUCCCUAAGAAUUGAUCUGUACUUAUCUAUUUUUAAGCUGAAAAAUUGUGUCUCGAUCACCUCUUGUAGUUACAUUAUUAUCUGUAUAAUGUGUAAUUUUCAUAUACCUUAGAGAAAUCUUUCCAACCAAAGUUCUCUCUUAGUAGACCGUGUAGUAGCUUUUACAUCCCAGCCAACUACUCUUUAAGAAGCCCCUAAUAAAAGUAUCAUGUUCAAAUAUCAGUUACGAAUUUAAAUCAAUUUAAGAUAGAGUAAGGAAAAAUUUUUAUGUUAGAAACAACUUCUCUUAAAACCCAGAUAGACUGUGUACUUGUUUAUUAAAUGAGGAAUUAUGUCAAAGAUGAUUAGGAUUGAAUAAUCGUUGACAAUUGGUGGAGUACGUUUUGUAGUCUAAGACUUUGUGCAGAAAUCUUGGUUUCUUAGAAGGGGAAAAAUUGUCAAAUUUUAAACUUUUAGUACUUACACAUAGGGUCACAGAGACCGUAUAGUUGAAAUUAAAUAACUUUUAUCGCA